AUGCCCUCACACACCAAUCCUAACAAGCCAUCUAAGGUCAAACGUCAGCAUAAAGCUGCUGCAAAAGCGAAGAGUAGGCAAAGACAUGGGCAAAGAAUCAGUAAAACCCUGACGCCUGCGCCGAUAACCAAAAAGAAGGCGAGGAAGCUGGACAAGAAAUCAGGCUAUGCAAAACAGAGAGCACUUGCGCAACAGCUGCAAGAGAGCGAAGUCGAGAUGAAGGAUGUAGGUUCGGCUCAAAAGAAGUCGGAAACUCAGAAGGGGCUUGCGGAUGAGGAUGGUGGGACGGUGAUGGACAUCGCGACCUAA